AUGUUCCCCUCAUUGCGCCUAUUCCAUAAACUGCCAUGUCCCCAGCGAGACCACUGUUCGCGGAUACGCUGCGUCUUCUCUCAUGAAAGUAUCCUGCCACCCGAGCAAUCCUUGGAUAUUCCAUAUGAGAAGCCCGCUGAGCUUGAUAGAAAGGCGUCAGACAGUCCGCCUGCCCGUGCACCUGAUGCGGCUGUAAUACCGGCGAAACGCCCUAUCCCUUCUGCUGGAAUACGUAGAUCUGUCGCACCCUCGUCUACUAGCAGCCAAAAUGGAGAGCCUCCGAGGAAACUGCAGAAGUUAGGCCCAACGCAGAGACCCCUUGCCGUGCCAACCGCGUCUCACACUACUACGGGGGUACCUCUACUAAAGGUUAACGCGGCACAGUCUCAGGUAGCUGUCCCUGUUCGUCAGGCAAUGCUCAAGACAAUAUUCGACCACUACUCUGUGCUCUACGAGCUCAUCCUUCCUACUUAUCCUUCCCUUGCGUCGGAACAUGCCCUGCGGCAAGAAGAGGAAGUCUACAAAGUUUCCACCAAGUUCACCUAUCGCAAUGCUGUCAUCACUACUGUUGCUUCGUUGAAACGGCGUCCAGUGCCUGAUGGCAUCUCGCAUCCUUCCGUUGGAACGGAAAGAGACAUUGCUGAACGCGAAGAGGCAAGGAAGUCCUUGCAGGCCUUGCGUCUUUCUCGGUCCCAACUUCAAUCCCUCGUUCUCUCUGUCGAAGAUAUGCGGAAAUGGGGCUAUAUCGUUGCAGCACCCGAAGCACCUGGCGGUACUGAGCCCGCCAUUGAAGGCAAGAUCGCUAAAUGCGAUCGCUGCGUUCAAUACUUUCAAGUGAAGCGGCGCGAAGAGGCUGGCGAAUGCCUGCACCAUUGGGGCCGCCCUUAUACGAAGAUGAUUGAAGGCAAGUUCUGCCAACGAUCGCGGAUAUAUUCUUGCUGCUCAAGCCCUGCGGGCGAUGGUGGAGGAUGUGUCACGGGCACUCACGUCUUUUAUGAAUCCGAUGCUGAGACGUUGCAUGCACGACAUGCAUUCACGCCCACUCGAUCACCAACAGAAUCUGAUACGGCUCUUGACGUGGUCGCACUGGACUGUGAGAUGGUUUACACGACAGGCGGUUUUCGGUGCGCGCGAGUUUCUGUUGUCGACGGCGCUGGCAAGGAGAUCUUUGAUGAGCUUGUUCGGAUGGAUGAUGGUGUUGAGGUGAUUGACUACAACACUCGCUUCUCUGGUAUCACUGAAGAGGCGCACGCCAAAGCCGUGCUGCCAUUAACAGCUAUCCGGGCGUCGCUUGAUUCGUUUAUCAAUUCGGAGACAAUCAUCAUUGGGCAUGGUCUCGAGAAUGAUGUAAAAACUUUGCGGAUGAUCCAUCAUCGUUGUGUGGACACCGCGAUUCUAUUUCCGCAUCGCGCAGGCGCUCCAUACCGUCGCUCACUUCGGGACCUUGUUCGUGAACAUCUUGGAAAGAUUAUACAAACUGGCGGCGGGACCACCGGCCACUCGUCUGUUGAAGAUUCCGUAGCAACAUUGGACCUCGUCAGAUGGUUUAUCCUCAACCAGUCGAAGAUUUCGCGCACUACUACUACACCUGCGCCCUCUACACUCAAGAGCCAUGCAACUGCCACAGUGACUUGA